GCCUCCUCACAAUGUACACAAUACCCACAAUUCCUUUCGUUCUUCUUCACAACUCCGGGUCGUAAUGGGUAAGGAUAUAUCCCACAAACACGAUCGAAAAGUGAUCAGGCGGGAGCCGAAGUCUCAGGAUGUUUACUUGAGGCUUCUGGUGAAGCUGUAUCGCUUCCUGGCUCGCCGCACCAAUUCAAAGUUCAACAAGGUCAUUCUGAAGAGAUUGUUUAUGUCCGGCAUCCACCGCCCACCUCUGUCUCUCUCCCGUCUCGUACGCCUCGCAAAGAAACAAGGCCGUCAGGGAAAGAUCGUAUGUGUUGUUGGCACCAUUACAGAUGACCUGCGCAUUUUUAAUGUCCCAAAACUUACAAUCUGUGCUCUGCGUGUGACAGCCCGUGCCCGUGCUCGUAUUGAGAAGGCUGGAGGAGAGGUCAUAACCUUUGACAUCCUUGCCCGUCGUGCACCCACAGGCAAAAACACUGUUCUUAUCCAGGGUAGACGCAGUGCUCGUGAAUCAUGCAAGAGAUUUGGACCCGCUCCUGGUCUUCCUCACAGCCACACCAAACCUCUGGUGCGCAGCAAGGGACGCAAGUUUGAGAGGGCUCGUGGCAGGAGGUCCAGCUGUGGCUACAAGAAAUAAACAGUGUGAAUAUAAUAAACAGGCUAAGAA